GAAAAAAAUACAGCAACUUCCGGGGGAAGAACGUUAGCGAAGCUAGCUUGUUGUUUUGAUGUUGGACAUGAAGGUGAAUGAGUUUCUGCCGUAAACAUGUCUUCAGUUCCGCUUCUGAGGGAGUUCAUCAGAGAGCGGUUAUCUGCUGCUGCUGAAGAAAUAUUCACAGAGUUUGAAAAAGCCAUCGUCCGCUACGAAGAAGAGAUCGAUCGUCAGCACAGACUGCUGGAGGUCUGCUGGAAACAACAGAUCAACUUACGCAGAACAGAUCUCCCGCUGCAUUAUGUCAGGAAAGAUGAGGAGGUUCUGACUGACCAGCAGCUCUGGAACCAGGAGAGGACCUCCAGUUUGGACCAGGAGGAACCAGAACCCUUACCGAUUCUAGAACAUGAGGAACUCUGCAUCAGACAGGAUAAAGAGCAGCUGGUUACCUCCGAUGUGACUCCUACUGAUGAGGAAAGAGACCAGGAUGAACCUAAACCAAACACCCACCAGCGCCUUUUAUCAAUGCUUCCCGAGUCUGGGAUCCAGAACCAGGACAGAACUCACCACCUCACCCUUCCAGAACUCCGACAGCAUCCUCUCUGGAAAAAGGAGAUUCUGACUGACCAGCAGCUCUGUAGCCACGAGACGACCUCCAGUUUGGAUCAGGAGGAACCAGAGCCUCCACUGAUGAAAGAGGAACAGCGGGAACUCUGCAUCAGUCAGCCUGAGGGACAGUUAAUUCUGAAGCAGGAAUAUGUGACCUUCAUGGUGACUUCUCCUUCUGCGGAAACAGACAGCUAUGAACCAGAACCAAGCAACAACCAACUCUCGUGUUUGAUGUCUCCUGAAGCUGAGAAUCGAGAUCGGGAUGGACGCAGGGAUGAAAACUCAGAAUCAAGCAGCAACAAUAAACUGAAACAGAAUAAAAGAUGCAAACAAACGAGAGAUCGCAGAAACAACGUAGGCAGUCACAGAGGUGAGAGGCCGCUUUCAUGUAAAACCUGUGGUAAACGUUUUUAUUUCUAUAGCGAUUUAAAUGGACACAUGAGAAGUCACACAGGCGAAAAGCCAUAUUCAUGUGAAACUUGUGGGAAACGUUUCUCUCAGUGUAAAAACUUGACUAGACACAAGAAAACUCACACGGGUGAAAGGCCGUAUUCGUGUGAGACAUGUGGUAAAGGUUUCUCUCGAGGUUGUCACUUAACUAGACACAUGGGAACUCACACGGGAGAAAAGUCUGCUCUGUGUUUGUAGACGAUGAUUGAGUCUGGAGUUUUUAUCAUCAAUAAACUGUCCCAGAACAUC